CUAGAAGAAAUACAAACAAAAGUGUCGGGAUUCCCUGUAUCAAAGGCUCCCUGUACCUAACACUCGGCACAGCAUUUCACAUCCCUGAGAGGAGUAAGGAGAAUUCUUUGCUGUGAAGAAUGUUUUUGUGAAGCUUUUGAAUUACUAGAAUGCAGUUGGAUUUUGGACAGUGAACACUGAAUCUGAGACUCAUUAGUGGGCCCUGAAGCCUUGGAUUGCCUUUGAGAUGCCUGUGAUUAUGAGAGAGGAGCUAAAAAGCCUGUUAUUCCCCUGACAGCUGGGCAACAAAGGGACCCACACAUAUCUUUGGACAUAAACGCUGUGUGGAAAUACACUCAAAUUUCUCUGGAUUCCCACAGCACAGCUUGCAGCAGAUGAGGACCUGUGUUUUGCUACCAGCUGCCAUUAGUUGUUGUUUCCCCGCUGCUCUUCUGUAAGCCUAGAGCACAGCCAUGCCUGUGGGCGCCAACCAGGUGGUCCUGACGGGGCCAGUGACCCGCCACAGCCUCUGGAGCCUGUCCGAGUCCGAAUGCGCAAAGGACGAGGAGGAAGGGGGUCUAAAGAAGCAUCUGACGCCUCUGGAGCGCCUGACCAUGAACAUGUGCCACGAUGAGAAGACCAUUAAGGAAGUACUGGUAGGCCGCAGGGUGGGCUUCUACCAGGUUCGUGGACAGAUUGGCUACGGAAGCUUCUCCAAGGUCAAGCUGGCCUUCCAUGCACUCACAAAAGACAAGGUUGCCAUCAAGGUUCUGGACAAGACCCGUCUGGAUGGGCAGUCCCAGCGCAUGCUGUCCAGGGAGAUCUCGAGCAUGGAGACCCUGCAGCACCCGAACGUAGUGCGCCUGUACGAGGUGGUGGAGACGCCCAGCCGGAUGUACAUGGUGCUGGAGUAUGCUGGAGGUGGCGACCUCCACACCAGGAUCACCACGGAGGGCAGGCUGUCAGAUGGCGUCAGCAAGAUAGUCUUUGCCCAGAUCCUGUCUGCCAUCAAACACAUGCAUGAAAAUAAUGUCAUUCAUCGAGAUCUGAAAGCAGAGAAUGUGCUGUUCACCUGCGAUGCCUGUAUCAAGGUGGCCGACCUAGGCUUUAGCACCAGGGUCAAGCAUCGGAGCGACAUCUUGGACACUUUUUGUGGCUCUCCCCCGUACGCCGCCCCCGAGCUCUUCCGUGACGACAACUACGUCGGGCCGCCCGUGGACAUCUGGGCCAUGGGGGUGCUGCUGUACUUCAUGGUGACGGGCACCAUGCCCUUCCGGGCGGACACGGUCAGCAAGCUGCGACGCUGCAUCCUGGAGGGCACCUACUCCAUCCCCACGUGGAUGUCGGCGCCGUGCCAGCGGCUGAUCCGGGGCAUCCUGCGCCAGGAGCCAGCUGACCGCUUCGCCCUGGACCAAAUGCUGGGCUGCGAGUGGCUGCUGCCGGUGGAGAUGUGCCGGCCGCCCGCGCCGCUGAAGCUCAACCCCACCUACCUGAUCGACGCUGACCCGAACGACCUGCAGGAGGAGGAGGAGGAGGUCAAGGCACGAAUGGAGGAGCUGGGCAUCACCAUGGAGCACAUCAACAACAACCAGGGCAAAGGAAGCCGCUGUGCCAUCACUGGGGUCUACCGCAUCCUGCUCCACCGCGCUCAGAGAAGUCGCGGAGUAGAGAGUCUACCGGUCAUCGAGGGUGUGGUGAAAGACCCUAAAAGGGACAGUCUGCGUGCCUAUAGGGGCCUGCGGCACACAUCAAAGUUUUGUGUCAUUGCAUGAUAGGACUAAACAGAUAUUUGCCUAAAUAGACCCACAACUUUUAUGGAUGGGCACAUUGCACAAUGUUUUGAAGCACAAAGAGAGCUCAUUUCUUGCAUAGAAUACUGCAGCAAAAUGAAUGGUAAGUAUCAUGUUAUGGUUAUGGUUAUGGGAUUUGGUAGACGCUUUCAUCCAAAGCGACAUAGAAAUAACAACAAUACAAUAGUUACAUUUAACAGUGAACAGUUUAAAAUGUUGGUAUAAGACUGCAUUAAGGAGAAUAAUAAUA